AUGGAGUACAACGUCCCAGUCAUCUGCCGCGUCAAGAAAUUGAGCGCGCCACUGACAAUCAACGUGAAAGGCGAGGGUAUCUCGACCCACGACUCGCUGUACGUGGAGGCUGCUGGCGUCGACGGAACGCGCGACAGCAGCGCGACGUCCCAGCCUCUCAUUGCAACCAAGGGACAAUUGCUGAUGCUCAACCUUGGCCGCGUGCAGGUUGACGAGCGUGUUACCCGCCGUUUUGUUUUGACGAACACGGGCCAAUACCCGUUCGAUUUCAUGGUCAGUGCGCCUGAGCGCCGCUUCGUCACGUUGGAGAACACACAGGGAACUGUGGCACCCAAGCAGCGCGUCAUUGUCACACUUGUAUACCACCCAACCACGGAGGAGUCCUUGCGGCAGUUUCGCAUCACCUUCAAAACCGGCCCGACCAAGUCCUCGUAUCAGAUCGGCGUGCAGGCGGUGACCUACAUUCCCAAACUGCACCUUGGCUUCGAAAAGUAUGACUUCGGUCCCCGCUUCAUCACGCAAUACAAUCCGAACAAUGCACCAACCACCGUUCUCACGUUGACAAACAAUGACAAGGACGUGAUCACUGUGGACUGCGGCAUGACGGAAGGCAACGAGUGGUGCCAUCUUGACAACAACUCGUUUGUGGUGAACCCGAACGAGACGAGUGAGGUGGAGCUUAGCUUUGCCCCCACCGACGUGCGCACGUACGACGACAAACUUAAACUGCUGCUCAACGGCGUUUACCCCGUGUACGUCCCGAUCAGCGGCGAAGGUGUGGUGCCGCACGUGGAGGUGCUGAAUCAUGUGGCCAAGCUCGGCGUUGCUCGAAUCGGCGAGAAACGCGAGGUGGAGCUGAAGAUCGCCUGCCGGAGUCGCAUUCCUACUCCUGUGUCCUUUACUGGCUGCCUUGACGAUGACCUGGUGCAGAAAGGGAUUUCCGUUUCGUCAGUGACAUUCAAGCCCACGCACCGCAUGGGCGAGUUCCAGCGAGAGAUGAAGAUGCUUGUCUGCGGCCGCGAGUGCCCUUUUGCGCUCCUGACGGGCUCCUGCGAGGACUCCGAAAUCCACCUGGACACCCAGCAACUGCACUUUGCAGACGUCGUCGUCGGCUCUUCUGCCACGCAGCGUUUGGUCAUCAUGAACAGCGGUGACAUUUCACAGAAGUUCACAUGGGGUCUGCGCCACGGCGGCGAGCUGACCGUCAGCGCACCAAGCGCCUUUAUUCGCGCGCACACCGAGUUCGUCUGCGAGUUCACGUACACGCCGAUCCGCGCGGACAGCUCCCUCCGCCGCACGCUUGAGGUGACGUUUGACCACUCGCCGCCCAUGAGCAUCAGCGUGGAGGCGAACGCCGUCGGGAGGCCGGCGGCGAAGAGCUUUGUGUCGUUCCGCUGCCGCGCUCGCGAAACGGACACGCAGGUGAUCACGGUUGAAAACAGCUUCAACCAGCCGUGGAGCUUUACACCGGUGUUUGAUCAGGCACUGUGGUCCUUGGCAAGAGACGCCGACAUCGCCAUUACCAUUAAGCCGAAGAGCAAGGCCGACCUUGCGAUUGUGUACGCGCCGACGAAGGAAACACCCGAGGCGUCCAGCGAUGUUGGCACCAUGUUUAUUCCUCAGCCGGACGGCACCGGCCUCACAUUCAUGCUCGAUGGUCACGCCGAGCCUCCCGGCCCAUCCGCGCCUCUUGCGGAGAUCGAAAUGGAGGCAAAAACGGCUCACGAGCUCACGUUUCCGAUUCGCAACUGGGCCAACGUCCCGCUUCGCUUCACGCGCGAGGUAGUGUGGAAUCCCGAACCCGAGGACGGCCUUCUCACCGUGCGCGGCGCGAGCGGGCUGGAGAUUUUGCCGAACGCGACGAAGGACUGCGCGCUGGAGGUCCAGUGCAUGCGUGAGGGCAUCUACCGGGGCACCGUGUACGCGCGCUGCACUGAGCGCCCAGAGAUGGUUCAGUACUUUGAAAUCUCUCUCUGCAUGUGUCCGGGCAACCCAGCGCCACCGUCAGCGACCUUCGCGCGACGGUGCGCAGCUGCGCUUCACAACAUCCCUAUCAGCAACCCGCUCGCGAAGCCGGUGGUGGUGCAGACCAAAGUUGAGCUUGUGACGAACGGCAACCACGGUGCGAACUCGAGCAACAACGGAAACGCCGCCAACACUGCUAACGCGGGUGCAAACCCGUCCUCGCCCGGGUCGCUAGCGGACUACUUUGUCGUGCCGGCGACCAUCACCGUUCCCGCCAAAGGGGCCGUGAACCUGUUGGUGCAGUUUGUUCCUCUCGUUCAGCGCGAUUACACCCCGGUGCGGCUGAUCCUAUCUUCUGCGGAGUUGGGCAUGUCGCGCUACGUGUUCAGAUUGUUUGCCAGCCCCGCGCCUCAAGAGAAAACCACCCAGGUUGUCUGCCCACUCGGCCAAAGCGUUACCUUCGCUCUCCGUUUUACGCACUUCUGCCACAGCAACACCGAUUUCACGGUUCAGUUGUGUGGCUCGCUGAGGGACCGUAGCACCCCAUCCACCCGCAAAGUAAACAGUGGCGGCUCCGCGGACCAGCGUGGCUCCGCCAACCAAAACCACAGCGGCGGCGGCGCAGCGGUUAUUAGCGUGAAUCGCAGUGGCGGCGCCGGCGCAUCCACAGGCGCGGCCGGCGCUGUUUCUGCGUCCUCGGCGGUGCUUAAAGCUCAGGCGAGCGCUGGCUGGCCGCUUGGUCAGGAGGUGGGGAUGGAGUUCACUUUUGAACCGCAGGCGGUGGGCACGAUUAAGGAGGUGAUUGAAUUUAGCUCCGCCACCGGCGGCACCUACACCUUUCCCGUCAUCGCGACGUGCACCGGCCCGGAGCGACAAGGCCCGAUCGCGAUUAAGGCCGGCUCGCAGAACACCCAAAUCCUGUUCAAGAACGUGUUCAGCGAGCCUGUCACCAUCAGCGUCGCCAGCGAUAACCCAUCGUGCUUUAUCGUGACGAAGAAGACCGAGACCAUCCCCGCGAAGAAGGCGAUUAACCUCGCGAUCCAAUACAGGCCACCACCGCCGAACAUGGAGAGAGGCUCGAGUGUCGUCCAGCACGACAUUGUGCGCGGCAAACUUCUGGUCAGCUGCACCCCACCGGGGCAGUCGGCACCAGUGGAAUGGGUGUACUACCUAGAAGCGGGCAAAAGCGAGAAGGACGCCAUGAGUGGGCGUCGCUUGACCAUCAAGCGAAAAUAA